AUGAGUUUAUGGGGAGUUUAUCAAGGGCCUCAGCCCCCAAAGAAACUGCUUCAAGAAAUGACUCAACAAGAACAAGCGGAAGAAGGAGCAAAACAAUUUGUAAAUUUUAUGCAAUCAUGUAUUGGUAAAACUAUAAUGGCAGGUGUUUCAGGUUUUGCCCUUGGUGGGUUCUUUGGAUUAUUUAUGGCAUCUAUGGCAUAUGACACACCAAUUGGAUCAUCACCAGUCCAACAUAUCUCGCAAUUACCUUUCAAACAACAAAUGAAAUUACAAUUUGCAGAUAUGGGAAAAAGAUCAUAUAGUUCAGCAAAGAAUUUUGGUUAUAUAGGUAUGGUUUAUUCAGGAGUUGAAUGUACUAUAGAAAGUCUUAGAGCUAAACAUGAUAUAUAUAAUGGUGUGAGUGCUGGAUGUAUAACUGGUGCUGGUUUAGCUUAUAAAGCUGGUCCUCAAGCUUCUAUAAUUGGCUGUGCUGGUUUUGCAGCUUUCAGUUUGGCUAUUGAUAUGUAUUUAAAUAGUGAUGCAGCACCACCUCCAGAGAAUGACUACGAUUUAUAA